CACAACUGCAUCACAAUGAAGCCCUUCUACUUAACCCUGCUGUUCUUUGCCUUACUGGCCUUUGCAUUGGGCGAGCCACCACUGAGUAAGAAAUCUCCCUAUUUCUAUAAUGUACCCUUGAAGAGCGGCAAGCAGACGUCAUUUUUGCGAUCACCCAAUUCGAAGCAGAAAACCCUAGUUGUCCAGAUACGCAGCGAUGAACCUAGUCAAUUGGUCUUGAAAGGUCGUCCAAAGUUGGGUCACUCCCAUGCCCAUCAAAUUCACCAACAUCAUGCCCAUACGCAUGCACCACACGCCCACAUUCAUCAUCACAUCAAUGCUGCGGCCAGUUCACAUCAUCAUCACAGGGCCCACCCCAGGCCCAUCAAGUUGUCCUCACCAAUCUAUUUGAAAAAUCCCAAUUUAAUGCGUAAACCAUUGAAGCUUAAAUUGAACGGUGCUAAACUCAAGCCAUUGAAUAUUCACAAACCGGCUACCAGUUAUGAUGUGCCCUUCAAGUAUGAGAAGCCCAUUUCCUUUGCCAGUUCAGAGGUGCAGCAUUUGCCGUUGGAACACCACACAACCUUCAUUGCCGAUCACUUUGAUCCCAUUCACACAAUCCCCGCCCCAAAUCUGUCGCUGCAAGACAAUCAUUUGCAUCCCGAGGAAAGCUAUUUGCCACCCACUUCAUCAUCGCCCAAACCCCAAGUUUAUCACCAACAGCAAAACAACUACCAAGUUGUAGAGGAGAACACCAACGACCAAACUAUUGUGGAUAACUUCUCUGGUUCGCAGAAAUACUAUGCUCCCGAUCCGGAUCCAUCAUUGCCCGCUCCCCAAAUCCGUCCAGCCGUUGAACCUUUCAAUACACCAAGCAAUGGCAAACCAUUGCCGGCUGAUAUUCAAAGUAAUCAAUUGCCAGUUGCCCAACCUUUGGUGCAGAUCGUCGGUGCCCAGGCUUCCAAACAGAUUGUUCCCGAAAUCUAUCCCAUACAAUUUACUCAACCCCUCGUUGCCGCCAAUGUUGCUGCCGUCCAACCAGCUCCCAUCCCGAUUUACAAUCCCACUUAUUUGGUUACUCAAUCGAAUAAUCUCUAUACCCAACAUCAACAGCAAUUGUUUAAGCCCGUCGAGGCAGCACCCGUUGUGGAGGCAGGCUAUGUGAAUGCCGAUCUGACCCAAGAGGUGGCCAGCAAUGGACAGAUUUUACAGGCAGCCAAGGAUUUGCACAGCAGUAAUCAGGCUGUCUUAGAUGUGGCACCACAUUUUGCCGCUCUCAUUGCAGCUCCAGCACUCGACCAAGAACAUCAAUCACUGGAAACGGCACCCUUCCAUUUGCAAAAUGUUGCUGGACCACCAUCGGCCAUAACAUCGACGACUGAAGCUGGAUUUGUUGUGUCAAACUACUACGGCAAUGCUCAUCAGGAUUCCAGUCAAUUACUGCAAGCCUAUGCUGAGGAGGAGCAGGCUGAGGCUGAAAGACAGCAGUAUGAGGAAUUACAACAGCAACAACAACAAUUCCAGCAACAUCAGAUACAACAACAACAGCAAUUGCAACAACAACAGUUGCAGCAACAACAGCAGUUACAACAUUUCCAACAACUACAACAGCAACAAUUUGUGCAACAAAAUCACCCACAAGCUUUGCAACAGCAACAAUUAGAUCCAGCCGCCUCAGCUUUCGAAGAGCAUCAACGUUUGGUUAAACAACAAUUAGGUGCCGAUACACCACUGCGCAUCUUUGUUCCCGAUGAAGAGGCCCGUUUGCAAAAACGUUCCGACGACAUCAGCAAGAGCUCCAUUGAAUACGUUGACAAUGCCGAAGCGAGUGAUGAGGCCCAAUCCCAUGACGAACUUUUCGAGGUUUCAACAUCAUCAGAGUCGGCCGAAGAGCAACUGCAACAACAAAUGGACGAACAGCAGCAGCAGGAAGCACAAGAACCCCAACAUUACCUAAGUUCAAAUGAAGAACAAAAAUAGACAGCUGAGAUUCAAAACUGAACAGACUUCAAAUUUAUAAACCAAAUUUUUAACGAUAUUUUCGAAUUUAAUUUUUAAUU